AUGACUGAGAAAUCAUUUAUUGUUACUUUAAAAGAACACGCCGAUGCAGAAAAGUUUAAAGAAUCCGUUAACAAAUUAGGUGGUUCUAUUACCCAUGAAUUUAAUUUAAUUAAGGGGUUUACUGUCAAAUUGCCUGACCAUAUGCACAUUAAUAAAUUAAAGGAGGGUCACUCCAAUGACAUUGCAAACGUUGAAGAAGACAAAGAAGUCCAUACUAAUUGA